UCGGAAGGUGGUUAGAAGGAAGAGAUCCAAACACACUUGGCAAGCUGGCGGCAGCAGGGCGGCCUCCCCAGGCGGCCUCUUUGAAGAUAAGAACUCGCUUUGAUGUGGAAGCUCAGGUGCAUUUGUUGAAGGAAAACAGCCCGCGCUCCAGCCUGAUGUCACUGCUCGUCCCUGCCUGGAAGGAGACGAUGACCUCACCAGGCAUCUCCGGAAGCUGCUCUUUUGGAAAAGCAAUCGCCAGGCAACCAGCCGGGCCACUUCUUUCCCUUGGAUAAGAUCUGGCCGUUGGGAAGAAACACUCCCCAAACGCAUGAGUCAGGUCGCCACCCUCUCUGGAGGCUGGCAUGGAGCAAAUACUAGUCAUAUUUUAACUUCCUGAGCCAGACGCUGUGGAACGUCGUUUUGGGCACCGUUUCCCUCGAUAGUUACACUCACACGAUGUGCUGUGAUGUUUCCCUUAAUAGUCAUAGUUACAGGAGGCAUCACAGGAGGAGAAGCGGGUGUGGGGGUCACUGACCCAUCCAGGCUCUCGCAACCCGUCAGUGGCAGAGCCGGGAUUCCCCCCACCCCCCCAAAUAUGAGUUUUAUUCUAAGUGAGGAGUUUGGGCUUGGCUGGCAUUGGUUUCUCCUUUAGAAAUGAAGUAUACGUGGUGGUGACUGCACCAACACACAAGGUCCCAUGUAAUAAAUUAAACUAUAAUGACUUUUUACUGGUUUACACUGGAUUUUUAUUGAUUAAAUUUUCCCCACAAGAACAAAAGCCCCCAAAUUCUUUUUUUCUAAAUAUAUUUUUAUUAAUUUCAGAGUGGAAGGGAGAGGGAGAAAGAGAUAGAAACAUCAAUGAUGAGGGAGAAUCAUUGAUCAGCUGCCUCAUGAAUACCACCUUCUGGGGAUCGAGCCCACAACCUGGGCAUGUGUCCUUGACCAGAAUCGAACCCGGGACCCUUCAGUCCAUAGGCUGACGUUCUAUCCACUGAGCCAAACCGACUAGGGCUUUAAUUCUUAUUUUUUGAAGCAAGGUAACAAUGAAACCAAAACCCACCCCAAAUUGGGACUCUCCCCCCCAAAGUAAACACUAGGCCAAUAUCUUUCAAGAAUAUUUAGGAAAGAGAAAGCUAAAUAAGCUAUUAGAGACAGAAUCCAGAGCGCGUCAGAAGAACUAUGUACUUUGUCCACGAGUAGGAUUUUGUCAGUCGCAAGGAGGGUCAGUCUUAGGAACGACACACUAUGAUUAAAACACGUCAUCCCCUCAGCACAUCUAAGCAGGAGACUCCUGUUUCCAUUUCCACAGAUUCCUAAAAGACAUUUGACAACAUUCACCAUUUAAAAAAUUUUAAUGAGACAUUAAAAUUUUAAGAAGAAUUCCCUAACUUGAUAAACUAGAUUAAUCUCAGCUCAAAAGGAAACAGCAUGCCCAGUGUGGAAAGGGAUCCGAAUCUUAAAUAUUAAAUUGAGUUAGGUUCCAGCAGUAGCCAGUAAAGUUAGACGGAAAAAGAGAAAGGAAAUUAGAGAAACAAUUAGUGGGGCCCCAUGUUGAUGUUUGGAAGUCAAUUCCCCUGACGCAUACAAAUCACAAUGAGAAGAUACCAGGGAAGAAAGAGUUCUACUUGUUCUAGAAACUAGAAAAACUGAAACACCUGGGAAUGAACUUCACGUAAAAUGUCAACGAGAACUAGUAAAACAUUCCUAAGGGACACAGUAAACUUGAAUUAAUAAAACUGGUGCCACCUUACGGUUAGGAAGACAUCAUGAAGACAUGGUGAAUGCCAAUUCCCCGCAAGUUGCUAUUCUCCAUGAACUGUUUGUUCUCCAUCAAUUUCACGUGGCCCCCACCCAUGCACCGAUGGCUGUGUCGUGGGAGGCCGUCCUGUGGUAGGAUGUUGAGCGGCAUCUCUGACCUCCACCCCCUGGCUGCCAGGAGGGCCCCCGAGAAGUGAUAACGGAACACAUCUCCAGUCCUUCAACGUCCUGGCUGAGCACCACGGAGAGACGCUAAUCUCCAGCACCCACCAACUAGUGAGAUCCGCUGCGUGGUGGAGCGUGAGAAGAGACGGACGUCUCCAGUGGCCACGAAAACGGGUUUUACCGGGUCAACAUGUUGACCUACCGGUGAAAGCACACGGUGGCUGACUCCCUGAUGCCUCUAGCUUCCUGGCAGGAGGCAGGUGUGUCAGAGGGCAUCGGCCUCAAGCCAGAACGACACCCACUGGGUCACAGUGCAGAUAGGACAUGGGGAAUUCUGCAGACGUUGGGAAAAAAUCCGGGAUAAGGACUCCAACCCCAAUGGCGCUAGACCAUGUAGUCUGAUGCCAUCACCACCAUAAGAGAUAGGUUAGGGAGCUACUGAGAGUCGUUCUAUUAGGAAAAAUGUCUUCAGAAAAAAAUGAUACCACAGGAUACCUGGGGUCAUCCCUUAACUAAGAAAUUGGCAAAAUAAUAAUAAUAAUAAUAAUCAUCAUCAUCAUCAGUGAGUGGAGACUGUUAGGAAUCCCGUUCCCGAGUACCACCAGCUGGCCACUGCCUGCCUCCCAAGACCACGGCCUAUCUCUGACCUCAGGACCUCUGGUCCCCCCCACGAAGGCUUCUUCAGCGUCCGCACCAUCCGGCUGUCUGCCUCUCAGGGCUGGGGGGGAUCUGUUGCCCACUCGUGGGUGUGAUUGAUUGGGGGCUUUUCCUUUCUGUCCAUCUCCCCUCCCGGCAUUGGGGCCGGCCCAACAGUUGCCUUCUGAGGGGGAAGUUCUCCAGAAGGGAUUGAGUCCCACCGCCUCGCACCAGCCUCUGCACCUGAGCACUGUCACCAGCGCUCCAGGCCUGCGGGUGCUUUGCUUUUGAACUUGGAUGUUUCCAACGAUGGUGUUAGACGUGCCUCACUCUCCCCGCCCUCACCAGUGGAAACGAAUGGAGAGACACGGCCUUGGUGAGCACAGUGGCCUUCAGAGAGAACAGAUGUGCCCGUGAAUGGAGGCGGACGGGAAAUUAUGCGCGUCCCGUUAAAUCCACGCUGUUGGUGCUAACACAUGAAAUCCCUGGUGGCUCUCGCCUCUUCCUCAAGCGCAGAAUUGCAACAAGUGACAUCAGCAACGGCUCCAGGAGAAAGACACGCGCACCCCUUUCCCACUGAAAGGAGCCCCCUCGUUUUCCCUCUAAGAGCUCGCGAGUGUAUGUGUCCGUUUUUACGACAUGGGAGAACGCGCCCUUCGGCCAAGUUUCUACACUUUCCAGAACCUGGAGGAAAUGGUGAUAUUUCCUCCCAUUGAGUGUCGAGUGCAGACGUGAAGGCCUCCUAAGCCCUGUGCCCAGCGCCAGGGCCAGCCGUGGGAGCUGGGGUUCCCCGCCUCAGGGCGCAGGGGCGGGUCCGAGUUCCCCGUGCGCGCAGGUCACCGGCACGUGCAGGACCCGCGCACGGGGGCUCCCCAGACGCCAGCGCCCCACGCGCUGUCCUUGCGCCCCGAGGUGCCAACGGUCAGCCUAGCCCUACCCGCCUGGAAUCUCCAAACAGCCGGACUGUCCGGGAGCCAGUGGCCCCUGGACCCCGACCCCGUCGCCCCAUCAUGGGCAGCUACCUGAGCAGCUACCUGAGCAGGUACCUCCGCACGGCCCGCGCCUCGCUGCGGCCCUCCGCCCAGGGGCGCCCGCUCCCCCCGCCCGGACCUGCCCUUCGCCUGCGGGGCCCGGAGCAGGGUGGGGAGCAGGGCCACGUCCCUUGUGCGCACCCCAGGCUCUGCGCCCCCUCCCAACCCCCGCCCCCCACACCGCCCGGCUGGCACCGAGCCAGGGCCUGCAGGGGCCGGAUGCCCGAAGCCAGGAGGCGCCUCCCCGGCCCCCCGCCCGGCCCGGGCCCCGCGGGGCGGGCUGUUCCCAUGGCUCCGAAGGGCACGGUGACGCUGCGGAUCCCCGGUGCCCGCCACCCACGGCGCCCGCAGAGCCUGGUGACCGUCAGGAUCGCCCCCCCGGAGCGCAGGGGGAGCCUCUACACAUGCCCUCCGAGCCGAGAGCGCCCCGACCCCUGUGCCCGGGACACGGUGCUGCAGGCGCUGAGCCAGUGCAGCAAAGGACGAGCCAAGUUCGACGGCCCGCUCUGGUUUGAGACCCCGGACGCCAAGAGGAGGAGGCACAGCCCCCAGCGCGGCCGCUCCGCCUUCGCGCCCAUCGGGAGAUUCGGAGAGGCCCUUCCCCUCGUGCCCAGGCCGGGGCCUCUGCGCCCCCUGCAGCCAUGUGGACGGGAGGCCCCCGCCGCCCGCCCUGAGCCGCCCCUGCGCACGCCCCACCCAGAUGCGAGGUCACCCCUAGCCCCCGCCACACCGUCCUGGCCUCCGCCCCCCGAAAACCUGAAGCCCGAGGUCGCCACUGUGUCCGGUUAGUCAAGGCCUGGCGCCCCCACCUCCUGGGACUCACACCAGGGGAGCACAGCGCUUCCCCGCAUGAGUCAGGGGCACCCCAGAUCCCACCCCCCCACCCCCCACACCCGGCUGGCAGGGCUGCCCAGCCCCAGACCUUCUCUCCUCAGCUGGCAGCACCCGCUGCAGAAUCACUGCUCUGAUCACAUCUCUGUCUCCCUCCCUCCCUCCCACCGCUGCCCACCUCGCCCAGGGCACACGAGGGAAUGUCUUCCUCCCC